GAGAAUUACUGCCGGGUAGGAGUUCGGAGGGGCGCCCUACUGCUGGAGCAGGAGGCCGUGCUCCAAGAUAAGCUUUCCUUAGACUGCAGCUCAGAUAUACCGAAGUGCGUCGGGAGUUAUGCAUGGUGCAGUGAUGCGUGGCCAUCUCUCGCCUCCCGCGGGGACCCCGGGCGGGGGCAUAGUCUGAACCCCGACCACCUCCAGCCCACAUACGCAGGGGGCGUACACGUGGUGACCUGCCCGCGCCCGGGUUCUCGGCUCCGGCUCCUCCUCCAGAUCUCGCUCCGUUCUCUGCAGUAUCACGUGCAACCACGCCGGGUGCAGGAUGGCGGCUGCGGCAACAGCGGUGGGUGUCAGGCUCCGGGACUGCUGCAGCCGAGGCGCUGUGCUCCUGCUCUUCUUCUCCCUGUCCCCUCAGCCCCCGGCUGCCGCCGCUUGGCUGCUGGGCCUGCGGCCCGAGGAUACCGCUGGAGGCCGCGUGUCCCUGGAGGGGGGCACCCUGCGCGCGGCGGAAGGCACCAGCUUCCUCCUGCGCGUCUAUUUCCAGCCCGGGCCCGCUGCGCCCGCGGCGCCGAUGCCCGCACCUACCCUUUCCCCGGGAGAGAACGGCACCGGCGACUGGGCUCCGCGGCUCGUGUUUAUCGAGGAGCCCCCGGGAGCGAGCGGCGUGGCGCCCAGCGCUGUCCCCACGCGCCCGCCGGGGCCGCAGCGCUGCCGCGAGCAGAGCGACUGGGCGUCGGAUGUGGAGGUCCUAGGGCCCCUGCGACCCGGAGGCGUGGCGGGCUCGGCUUUAGUCCAGGUGCGGGUGCGGGAGCUGCGUAAGGGCGAGGCAGAGCGGGGCGGUGCAGGCGGUGGCGGGAAGCUCUUCUCGCUGUGCGCCUGGGAUGGGCGCGCCUGGCACCACCACGGCGCCGCCGGCGGCUUCCUGCUGCGCGUCCGCCCUCGGCUGUACGGCCCCGGCGGGGACCUGCUGCCCCCCGCGUGGCUGCGAGCGCUCGGGGCGCUCCUGCUGCUCGCCCUGUCUGCCCUCUUCAGCGGCCUUCGCCUGAGCCUGCUCUCGCUGGACCCGGUGGAGUUACGGGUGCUGCGGAAUAGCGGCUCCGCCGCAGAGCAGGAACAGGCGCGCCGCGUGCAGGCCGUGCGCGGCAGGGGGACCCAUCUGCUCUGCACCCUGCUCCUGGGCCAAGCCGGAGCCAACGCUGCCCUGGCUGGCUGGCUGUACGCCUCGCUGCCGCCGGGCGUCGGGGGCACCGGGGAAGAUUACAGCGAGGCAGGGAUCCACUUCCCGUGGCUGCCGGCGCUCGUGUGCACCGGAGCCGUGUUUCUGGGCGCCGAGAUCUGCCCCUACUCGGUGUGUUCGCGCCACGGGCUGGCCAUCGCCUCGCACAGCGUGUGCCUGACUCGGCUCCUGAUGGCGGCCGCCUUCCCCGUGUGCUACCCGUUGGGCCGUCUACUGGACUGGGCGCUGCGUCAGGAGAUCAGCACCUUCUACACUCGGGAGAAGCUGCUGGAGACGCUACGGGCCGCGGACCCAUACAGCGACCUGGUGAAGGAGGAGCUCAACAUCAUCCAGGGCGCCUUGGAGCUACGCACCAAGGUGGUAGAAGAGGUGCUGACCCCCCUCGGGGACUGCUUCAUGCUGCGCUCUGACGCGGUGCUAGACUUUGCCACGGUCUCGGAGAUCCUGCGCAGCGGCUACACUCGCAUCCCCGUGUAUGAGGGCGAUCAGCGGCACAACAUUGUGGACAUUCUGUUUGUCAAGGACUUGGCCUUCGUGGACCCCGACGACUGCACGCCGCUCCUCACCGUCACCCGCUUCUACAACCGGCCUCUUCACUGCGUCUUCAAUGAUACUCGGCUGGACACCGUGCUGGAGGAGUUUAAGAAGGGAAAAUCUCACCUGGCCAUUGUCCAGCGGGUGAAUAAUGAGGGAGAAGGGGACCCCUUCUAUGAGGUGAUGGGCAUUGUCACUCUGGAGGACAUCAUAGAGGAGAUCAUUAAGUCGGAGAUCCUGGAUGAAACUGACCUCUACACCGACAAUCGGAAAAAGCAGAGGGUCCCACACCGGGAGAGGAAGCGGCAUGACUUCUCCUUGUUUAAGCUUUCCGACUCGGAGAUGAGGGUGAAGAUCUCCCCACAGCUUCUGCUGGCCACGCACCGCUUCAUGGCCACAGAGGUGGAACCCUUUAAAUCUCUGUACCUUUCGGAGAAGAUCCUGCUCCGGCUCCUGAAACAUCCCAAUGUGAUCCAGGAGCUAAAGUUUGACGAGAAGAACAAGAAGGCCCCAGAACACUACCUCUACCAGCGCAACCGCCCCGUGGACUACUUUGUGCUGCUUCUCCAGGGUAAAGUAGAAGUGGAGGUUGGUAAGGAAGGCCUUCGCUUCGAGAAUGGAGCCUUCACCUACUAUGGUGUCCCAGCCAUCAUGACCACUGCUUGCUCAGAUAACGAUGUGCGGAAGGUUGGAAGUCUGGCUGGAUCCUCUGUCUUUCUGCCUGUCUCUGUGUCUCGUACCUUCGCCUUCAGCAGAGGGGACUCUCUGGCGGGCUCCCCAGUAAACCGGUCCCCUUCUCGCUGCAGCGGGUUGAACCGCUCUGAGUCUCCAAACCGCGAGCGCAGUGACUUUGGGGGGAGCAACACCCAGCUGUGCAGCAGCAGCAACAACCUCUACACUCCCGACUACUCAGUGCACAUCCUCAGCGAUGUGCAAUUUGUGAAGAUCACUCGGCAGCAGUACCAGAAUGCACUCACUGCCUGCCACAUGGACAGCUCACCCCAGUCCCCCGACAUGGAGGCCUUUGCUGACGGAGACUCCACCAAAGCCCCUACGACCCAGGGUACACCCCAGACCCCCAAGGAUGACCCUGCCAUCACCCUCCUGAGCAACAGAAACAGCCUGCCGUGCAGCCGCUCAGAUGGGCUGAGAAGCCCCGGCGAGGUCGUGUACCUGAGGAUGGAGGAGAUGGCCUUCACCCAGGAAGAAAUGACGGACCUCGAGGAACAGAGCACACAGCAGCUCUCACUGUCUUCUGCAGCUAUUCCUACGACAGCAGCAUCAGAUAGUGAAUGUUGUAAUAUCAACCUGGACACAGAGACCAGCCCCUGCAGUAGCGACUUUGAGGAAACCGUGGGCAAGAAGCUGCUGAGAACCUUGAGUGGUCGAAAAAGGAAGAGGUCACCUAACGGAGAGAGAGCCUCUGAGGAGAACUCCAAUUUAAUGCCUCUGAUCACAUGACAGGGCAGACAGUGUUUGCUGGGUGUAUGAGAUUCAAGAGCUUUGAGGGAGAACCCACCCUCCCAUCUUCUGUGUCUCCCGAGGCCUCCCACAGGUGACAGAGCAUUCUGCUUUCCUUACCACCUCUUCACCCCUAGCAGUCAGUUUGGCAGAUUUCCCCUUGUUGCCUCCAGUUUGACUCAGAGCCUUGCUGUGCCCAUCAUGGAUGGAGGGGCCUCCGGUGGAACAUGCUAGAAAUGAUCUUCUCCACGGCACAGUCUGGGACUGGAGAAGAAAUGACCCCAAGCUGACAAUGCCACUCUGGGACCCGACUCCCUUUUUGUUCUUUGGGAUCCCCCCAUGCCAUAUUUCAUGCUUAGCUUAGCUCAGAAGGCGCCACCGACAGACAGGCAUAUAGGCGGCUGGAGCAGCAGGUAUGAAGGUCAGUUCAGGAGAUACACCAAGAGUUUCUCCAGGACUUUAGAGCUGUGGGACUCGGCAACGGUGGCAUGUGAUGUUACAGAACAGAAAACUGUCGGUGACCAGUUUCCUGUUAGAUAAGGAUUCUAGCAGCCUGGGAAGUGUGUCUCAGCUGGAAUGGAAAGACAAUGAGAUGGAACAUCAAGUCACCGUCUUGCCCAGGGACACAUCUUUUUGGCUCCCUAUCAGCAGUUAUCAAUCCAUCAAUAAAUCUGCUCUGGAAGAGAAGGAGCAGAGAACAGAGACCCAGUUGGGAGCCAGAGAUGGAAUUUCAGGUUUUAAGUUCAAAUCAAAGCAAACAAACAAAAACUUAUGUAGAAAAAUUCUAAGCUGUUAAAGCAAGUAUAGCCAUGACAAACCAAAGAGUGCCCAGGUCAGCCAAGAAGGAUGCAAGCUCUCAUGGGACUUCAAUGUGCAUUAAACAGGAACAUUGAAGAA